GGGAAGUGGAUCUCUGCGACCCCGUACGUACAUCUGUCGAAAUCCCUUUUUAGGAAAUGCACAUGUUAAAUCCAUCCUCUCCCAAGCUUCAAGUUAAGACAACGCCAACGUCUCAGCGCCUUUCGUCUCUAGAGAGCUCGCGCAACUUCAGCUUCGCCCCCUUCUUAACUUCGCUUCGAAGACCCAAAACGACUUGCCCUUUGCUGUCGUCUCACACUCUUUUUCCCCUUUGUAAUCUACAGGACCGUUAUGAGUGCUUGCUGGACAUCACCGAUCCAUAGCUAAGCUCAUCAUGACUCUCCCAUUCCGGGACAUUAAUGUCCACGUUGCGGCCGAUUCUUAUACCUUCACCUCACCCUCUUCCCCUAAUGCGCCUGCCCUCAUCGUCGACCGUCCUACCGGAGAUGUAAGGCUGAGCGAGACAGCUUUUAUUCCUAAGCGAGUCUCCCGUGUUUCUAGCAUUGCCGGUAUAUUGGGAUUCAUCAGGCUGAGACUUGACAAGUAUGCGAUCAUCAUUACCAAAGCCCACCCCGUGGGCCGUCUUAAGGGCCACAUGGUCUACAAGGUCGUCUCGACAGACUUCCUCCCUAUGCGCGAGCGACAGAUCCACGACCCUGAUGAGGACCAAUUCUUGUCACUGCUCAAGACUUAUAUCAUGAGAGGACCUAUGUACUUCUCCUAUUCCCUCGACCUCACCAACAGUUUCCAGCGACAGGCUAUUAGCGAUAACGCAAGUCCCCUUUGGAUGCGAGCCGACGACCGUUUCUUUUGGAAUAAGUUCGUUCAGACCGAUCUCAUCAACUACCGCAGAACUGGUGGCCGCUCGCAACCUGGCCCGCAACCCUCGGUUGACCCUUACAUUCUACCCCUUAUAUGGGGAACCCUCGAGAUCCGACCCACUACUUUCAAGAACACACAACUUACUAUCGUCUUAAUCACUCGUAAAGGGAGAUAUCGAGCCGGCACCAGGUACUUUACUAGAGGUCUCGACGAUGAAGGUCACGCCGCGAAUUACAAUGAAACUGAACAGGUUAUUGUCUUGAACGACACGGGUCGGGGAUUGGGUGGCUACGCCGGGAGCAGUGACAUGCAGAGCGGAAAGUACGGUGCUGAGGGUGCGGAGAUGCAGGUAUUAUCCUAUGUCCAAACUCGAGGCAGUGUCCCCGUAUACUGGGCUGAGAUCAAUGCCCUCAAGUAUACCCCCAAGCUCCAGAUUCGCGGUAUAGAGACGGCUCUUGGGGCUGCCAAGAAACACUUCGACGAGCAGAUCCGUAUUUAUGGAGACAACUAUCUAGUAAACCUAGUCAACCAGGGUGGCCGUGAGAAGCGGAUAAAAGAAGCCUAUGAGCAGAUGGUUCAAAAGCUCGUCUCGUCGCCGUCAGAGAAGGUUAAGAGCGAUGCCGUCACCGACGAGAAAUUCCACGUCAUCGAGCCCUCAUCCUCGAGGCACGAAUACGACCGCCUGCACUACAUCUACUUCGAUUACCACCACGAGACAAAGGGUAUGCAGAUGCACAAGGCCAUGUUGCUCGUCGAGCAGAUGAAAGACGCCCUGAUAGCACAACAGUACUUCCGCGGCGUAGACAUGCCAGCCAACGGCGGCCUCGAGACAAGAAACUACCAGACUAGCGUGGUGCGGACGAACUGCAUGGACUCGCUCGACCGCACCAACGUCGUGCAAAGCAUGUUAGCGCGAUGGACGCUGGACCGCAUGUUCGUCGACCUCGGCCUUCUGCAACGAGGCGAGACCUUCGCCACGGCCGACCCGGACUUCGAGUUCCUAUUCCGCAACCUGUGGGCCGACAACGCGGACACGGUCUCCAACUCGUACGCCGGCACCGGCGCCAUGAAGACGGACAUCACGCGCUUGGGCAAACGUACGAAGGCCGGCAUCAUGGGAGACGGCAAGGUCGCCGUGAUGCGGUACUACCUGAAUAACUUCCGAGACGGCCCCCGACAGGACGCCUUCGACCUCUUCCUAGGCGCGUACGAGCCCGCGGCCGCUAACAUCGGCUCCUCGCUCAUCUUCGCGGACCGCAGACCGAUCCUGAUCCAGAGCAUCCCGUAUAUCCUCGCCUUCAGCAUAUUCUUCGUCCUCGUGGGCCUGUUCACUAGACGCGGCCCCAACGCGUCCGCCUGGACUAUUCGCAUUUUCAUCUUGUUCUGGCUGGCCGUUGCCGGGUGGAGUUUCAACUUCAUCAUUAAUAACGGCAUGCUUUUCGUCAACUGGCCUAAAUUGAACCCCCGCCCCUGGGCCACCGAAGGAUACCAAGAUGCUAUCAGCAAUGUGCGGAAGGACGCGCUCCUCGGCCCCCUCGUCGCCAAGCACGAGCGCGGGCUCAGCACGGCGCGGUAUCUCAACGCCGAGGAGGGCAAGAAGAGGAUCGAGUAGAUGCGUCCAUACCAUACCAUACUAUACAUCCAUCCCUACUACUACACACAGAUACGCAGACAGACAGAGACAGACCAGACAGACAAACCAUACAACCGUACUUUCUCGAUGGGAAAAGGGAAGGGGUGACACGCAAGGGAGGAAAAGCAGAGUGGAAGGAAGGGUGUUUGGAUUUGUACUUUUAUACUUGUUUCUUUUUGCUCCGUCCCCUUCGUCUGCGACCCUUGUUGUUGUUGUUGUUCGUUGGUAGUGUUGGUCGGCUACGCCCCUAGAACUUUAUGUAGGUUACCUGAGAAGAAAACAAACCCUAAUUACCGUUAUAAUCUCGUCGUCUUUUUUUUUCUUUUCGGCCCCCCGCGUUUUCCCCAUACCCGCACACCCCAUCCAUGAGAGUACGUUUUUCUUUGGUUGUGGAUAGUUUGUGGGGUGCUGUUGUGUUGUGAAGGUUGUUGGAGUUUUUGAGCCUUGCACUUGCAUUGUACGAGUAACUACACUAUACUACGUAGUAAGGAGAAAGAACUGCACAGUCUGGAAAUACACGGGCAAAUUAACCCCUUUAAAUGAAUUCAAAUGAACACGGCCUUGAUUUUUGACAUUUUGGGCCGUUUUCCUAAUAUACAACACGUGCAUACAUACUAUGCAACCUCUCAUGAACAGAAACUCAGCCCAUGAGACACC